ACCCGACAAUAAUAAUUCAAUAUGGCGAGACAAGACGUAGUUCAUAUCUUCUUCAAUAACGUUGUAUUUCUAGUAAUUUUCUUUACAAAUAUUAGCUUUAUAUAUGGAAUUGAGCUUGCAAGUUCCAAUGGUUACGUGAGGCGCGAGCAUUCUCUUACUAAACCCUUUCAAGCUGGUACCAUAGGUCUACAGUUUUGGGAUUUUGGAGGAAGUACGUUGAUUACAAAUAAUUAUAUAAGAUUAACAGAGGAUCAUCAAAGUCAAAAAGGCUACCUUUGGAAUUCUUUGCCAGUUACUGCUCGCGACUGGGAGAUCCAUCUUCAUUUUUCUAUCCAUGGUUCUGGGGAUACAUUAUAUGGGGAUGGCUUUGCUUUCUUUUAUGCUAAAGACAAGAUGGAGAUGGGUAAUGUUUUUGGUAGCAGGAAUUUCUUCUCUGGUCUGGGCAUAUUCUUUGAUACCUACAGUAAUGAAAAUGGUGAACAUGCUCAUGAUCACCCGUACAUCUCGGCAAUGGUCAAUAAUGGAACCAUCAACUAUGAUCAUGACCGAGAUGGUACUCACUCUCAAAUUGAAGGCUGCUCGGCACCAUUUCGAAAUGUUGAGGUGGAAACGUACGCGUUAAUCCAGUAUCUGGGAAGCAAGGAAACUCUGACGGUCAUGACAGACGUGGACAACGAGGGUGAUUGGAAACAUUGUUUCCAAGUUUCUGGCAUUCGUCUUCCAACGUCGUAUUAUAUUGGUCUGAGCGCUGCCACUGGAGAUCUCGCAGAUAAUCAUGAUAUAACUGGUUUAAAAUUCUACGAGUUAGAAGUUGAGAAGGACGAACAAACGGUUCGAAGUAAAAUCCACACAGAUGAUAUUGUUCCAUUUGCUGCUUCUGCUGAGGCGCAGAGAGAGCGUGUUGAAGAUCCAACAAAAGGAAGUUUCUCGCCAAAAGUUACCAAAGUCUUCACUUGGCUUUUCUGGUUAGCUCUUUUUGCUGUCGUCCUCUGCGCUAUCGGACUGUUUGUUUAUAAAAAGCAACAGGAAGCUGCUAGAAAACGAUUCUUUUAGAGAUCACUGAAGUUGGAGAGAAAAUACAGCUGAAAAUGACAGGCAGAACCUUCAUUGCCUCGCUCAAUGUUCUGACAAUUGCUGAUUUAAAUACUAACUUUAUCAUGUAAAUUCUCAUUUUUACACAAUGUUAUUUUGUAAGAAGCAAUCGCCUUUAAAACAGCAUCGUUGGGCUUGAUUCACUCAAUAGUGUUUGAAGAUUAUUUUUAAAAAACGUGAAGCACUAUGUAAUGUAAAUGUUUGUCAAUUUGGCUUAAUAAAAUUCACAAUAUAAUGGUAUAGUUCUCU